AUGUCCGCCACCGCUCAGAUCCUCACCUUCUCCGAAACCUCGUCGGACGCGGCCCGCGUGGUCGGCGUCCACACCUCGCCCAUCCCCCCCACCACCCCAUCCCUCAUCCCCGCGGACGCGGUCCUCCUCCGCCUCCUCGCCUUCCCCAUCAACCCGCAAGACCUCAUGGCCAUCGCGGGGCGCUACCCCGUGAAGCCGGUCCACCACCACGCGGACCAGCCCAUCCCGGGCAACGACGGCGUCGCGCGCGUCGAGGCCGUCGGCGCUCAGGUCAAACAUCUGCAGCCGGGCGACCACGUCAUCCCCAAGCGCCACGGGCUGGGCACCUGGCGCUCGCACGCGGUGCUGCCGGCUGCGGACUUGCUCAAGGUCCCCGCCGCCAUCGAGCCGGCGGCCGCCAGCCUGCUGAAGAUGGGAUGCGCCCCGGCGUACCUGCUGCUCGAGGAUAUGCGGAACCUCCGCCCGGGCGACUGGGUCGUGCUGAAUGCGGGCCGCGGCGUCAUUCCGCAGAUGGUCACGCAGUUCGCGCGGAUCCGGGGAUGCAGGACCAUCAGCGUCAUCCGGGGCCGCGGGGAUUUUGAGAGUGUAGCGCAGACGCUAAAGGAGAUCGGCGCGGAUGUCGUGGUCAGCGAGGAGCAGCUCGAGCAGGCCGGCGUCACGGCGCAUCCGGAGCUGCAGGCCGCCGUCGAGCAGAACCGCGUCGUGCUGGCGCUGGACGCCGUCUUCGGCGCGUCGGGCGAAAGGCUCGCCGCGCUGCUGGCGCCGGAUGGGACGUUUGUCAACUACGGGUCGCUGGGCGGCGCGGAUGGCGUGCUGCGGCUGUCCCAGCAGACGCUGUUCUGGAAGCAGAUCAGGUUCAGGAACUUCCGGCUUUCGCAGCAGUUCGGGCUGCGGUCCGUCCCGGAGCAGGAGAGCUUGCUGGGGUGGUUCGGGGAGUUGCUUCUCCAGGGAAGGCUGAAGACCCCGGUGGUGGAGAAGGUGGCUUGGGACCAGGGGAGUGGCGCUGCUGAUUUGUCAGAGACGGUUAAGCGGUCGUUGCAGCUGGCGACGGAGAAACCGCUCGGUGUGAAGAAGCAGGUCUUCGUCGCACAGGUGUAG